AUGUCCCUUGAGUGUGUGCAGAGGACGGGCACUGGCCCCUCGUGCACCCUGGAACGAGACAAUCGCACCCAUUUCCCUUUCUUCUCGGAUGUCAAGGGCGACCACCGGCUAGUGCUGAGCGUUGUGGAGACCAUCGUGCUGGGGCUCAUCUUUGUGGUGUCACUGCUGGGCAACGCGUGUGCCCUGGUGCUCGUGGUGCGCCGUCGGCGCCGCGGGGUGACAGUCAGCCUGGUGCUCAACCUCUUCUGCGCGGACUUGCUCUUCACCAGCGCCAUCCCUCUAGUGCUCAUCGUACGCUGGACCGAGGCCUGGGUGCUGGGCCCCAUCGUCUGCCACCUGCUCUUCUACGUGAUGACCAUGAGCGGCAGCGUCACGAUCCUCACGCUGGCGGCGGUCAGCCUGGAGCGCAUGGUGUGCAUCGUACGCCUGCAGCGCGGCUUGAGCGGCCCGGGGCGGCGGGCGCAGGCAGCGCUGCUGGCUUUCAUCUGGGGUUACUCAGCGCUCGCCGCACUACCCCUCUGCAUCUUGUUCCGCGUGGUUCCGCAGCGCCUUCCCGGAGGAGAUCAGGAAAUUCCGAUUUGUACAUUGGAUUGGCCCAACCGCAUAGGAGAAAUCUCAUGGGAUGUGUUUUUUGUGACUUUGAACUUCCUGGUGCCAGGACUGGUUAUUGUGAUCAGUUACUCCAAAAUUUUACAGAUUACAAAAGCCUCGAGGAAGAGGCUCACGUUGAGCCUGGCGUACUCUGAGAGCCACCAGCUGCGCGUGUCCCAGCAGGACUUCCGGCUCUUCCGCACGCUCUUUCUGCUCAUGGUCUCCUUCUUCAUCAUGUGGAGCCCCAUCAUCGUCACCAUCCUUCUGCUGUUGAUCCAGAACUUCAGGCAGGACCUGGUCAUCUGGCCGUCCCUCUUCUUUUGGGUGAUGGCCUUCACGUUCGCCAACUCCGCCCUAAACCCCAUUCUGUACAACAUGUCACUGUUCAAGAACGAGUGGAGGAAGAUUUUUUGCUGCUUCUUUUUCCCAGAGAAGGGAGCCAUUUUUACAGACACGUCUGUCAGACGAAAUGACUUGUCUGUUAUUUCCAGCUAA